UCAAGGCAUAUUCUAGGGCUAGGGUUUUUGGAGCUCGCGAGCAAUGGGGGGCGAUCCAUCGCAUGGCGCGGCUUCUUCUUCGGGGCAUCAUCCACCGCAGGGGCACAAGGGAUGGCCGGAGCACUGGCCCAAGGAUUACUCGGGAUGGAACGACGACAUCUGGACGCCAUUCGGCGGCCCCUACUGCAAUCCCAGGAAUUGGCGCCGCAACACCGCGCUCACGCUGCUAGGGAUCUUCCUGAUUUGCAUCCCAAUCGCCCGGCUCUCGGCGCGCCUCGAGCAACGCCCAGUGCCGCCGCAUUUCCCGAUUCCCUCGCAGCUCUGGUGCAAGAAUUUCGGGCCGCCGUUGGAUCAAGACGAGGAGGACGAGGACAGCAAGAUCAGGCUCUCGUAGAGCAGUGGUGGAAGCCAAUAAGUUUUUCCAUGUAGCCACGUGGACGGCUGAGAUUUGGAACUUCUCAAACGAAGCGCGUAGAUUAGGAGUUCCGGGAUAUUCUCGAAAGCUCCAGAAA